AUGCUCCCUAUUACCGCCCUCGUUCUUUUACUCCCCGUCGUAUUAUGGCGAGUCUUAAGGCCAAAACGGCUUCCAUUGCCUCCAGGGCCACCGAAACGAUUCCUCACCGGAAACCUCCACCAACUGCCGAAGACCAAACAAUGGCUCACUUACGCUGACUGGGCCAAGACCUAUGGGCCAAUAAUGACACUCCAAAUCUUCAACCGCACGACUAUCAUCCUCACCUCUGCCAAGGGUGUUUUGGACUUGCUCGAUUCGCGUGCUUCCAUAUAUUCCGACCGACCAAGGUCAUGGAUGCUGCACACACUCGCUGGCCAGGACGCGUCAAUGUUCGGGCUGUCGUCGCGCGAUUUGCGGUUCCCCCGUUAUCGAAAGAUGCUUGUUGCUGGAUUGAAUAAACGAUCCGUCACGAAAUACCGUCCAGAGUUGGAGAAUCGGCUGAAGGGGCUGUUGAGGGGCCUUGCAGAGAAUGCGAACGAUUUCGAGUCGUUGUUGACGACAUACACGGGUGGAAUAGCUUUGAAGGCCGGUUUUCGACUCUACUCUAUUGCGUAUGGCUACGACGUUGUUGAGCCAGCGGAGAAUGACUAUUUUGUCCAACUCAUCGACAAGGCGGACAGCGCCAUGCCCACACUCGUUCAACCAUUCUACUUUGUGGAGGUCUUCCCAUUCCUACGAUUUCUGCCGAAAUGGUUCCCCACUGCGACCUUCCAUCGCAUCGCCCUGGAGAAAAAGAAGAUCCUCGAUGCAAUGGUCUACGUUCCGUACGAAUGGGCUAAGAAAAAGCUGGAAACCAGCCCUUCCGAGCCGUCCUUCUUCUCCCAACAUUUCUUGGAUGAAGACGAGAAAAAGACCAGCCAAGAAGACGCCGACAACUUGAUGUGGACGUCAGGCGCCAUCUACUCUGGCGGCGCUCAUACCACAUCAUCUGCACUCACAUCAUUUUUCCUCCUCAUUUCGACACACUCUGAGAUUCAGAAAGCAGCCCAAGCUGAAAUCGAUCGUGUGGUUGGUCGCGGCCGCCUCAUCAACUCGGACGACAAGACAUCGUUACCAUACAUCAAUGCGCUCAUCAAGGAAGUUCUUCGCUGGGCACCAGUCGCACCAAUGGGUCUACGGCACAGUGUUACCCAGGACGAUAUUUAUGAGGGCUACCUAAUCCCGAAGGGCAGUAUGAUCAUCUCGAACAUCUGGGCUGUCACCCAUGAUGCCGAACUAUACUCAGAACCAUUUGUCUUCAACCCAUCCCGCUUCCUGGGCGACAAACAGCAACGCGAUCCAUUCGAUUUUGUCUUCGGUUUCGGUCGCCGCGUGUGUCCUGGCGCGACUCUUGCCGAAGAAACAAUCUUCCUUGCGAUUGCAAACUGCCUUUCGCUCUUUAAUAUUUCCCAAGCGCGCGACACGGCUGGCCAGGAGAUUGACCCGAUGCAGGGUUUAGAUUGGCGGACUGGGCUGGUUACGCUUGCGCUCAACUUCAAGUUUAGUUUGACGCCAAGGUCGCCUGAUGCGCUCGACGCGAUUGGAUUGUAA